GUUAGGGUUUACAGACAUGCAUGCAUCCACAGAUGAACGGCAGCAUUGCAAGUUGAAUUACUGCUGCUUGAGGAGGUGCAGCUGGAGGAUCUAGACCAUCUCGUCCUGCCUGUAUCCUGACUUGCGCGUCUGCUUCAAUAAAUUGGACGAAUGCACUCCCAUAUUCAGCGGCAAGCGGCUGGAAUCAUGCCCUUGGGAAUGAACAGAGCGACCAUGCUAAUCUACAUUCGAGAAAAGAGCGGCAAGACAACGCCCGUCGAAGUAGCUGCAUCAGACUCGGUCGAGGACGCGAGGGAAAAAAUCGAGCAAAAGGGAAUAUCUCUGACUGGAUGGAACCUCAUCUACUUCGGCAAAAAGAUACGGCGGACGCAAGUGCUAUCCGACUACGGGAUAAAACACAAGGACACCUUGUAUUUGAGAGAAGAACUUCAGGGUCUCGGCGCUCCGGGUUUUUUACUCACCGUCGCGCAGUCCUCAGGAAACGUAGUGAAAUUGGUUGUUAGUGCGUCUGAUCGCGUCAUCGACAUCAAGCAGGAGCUGACGCGCGAGGGGGCGCCAGGGGUCGACAGGCAGCGACUGAAGGCGGGAAGCGUCGAGCUGCAGAACGAGAAAUCGUUGAAGGAUUAUGACAUCACAGGAGACGCCGUCAUCUGGAUGGAAGAUGCAGACGAAAGGAAAUCAAAGGAGGCGCGGAAAAGAAAAAAAGUGCUGACCGACAAAUUAAAGAAGAGAUUAGUUGCUGUUGUUUUUGUGAUUGUAGCCAUCAUCAUGUUGAUAUGGGCUUACGUAAAUGGUAAAAUCCAAAUCAACUUCUGAGUUCACCCUGUAUGCAUAAUAGCUCAGCUCAACAUGAUAUUAGUACAGGCAAAGGUGUUUCUAUUACGAGGAGAUUCAGUAGUUCUUGUUAUUGUGAUUUCAUAUCUCGUUAAGUUUCAUACAUAAUCACAAUGCGCAACGUUAAUGCAUGGCUAAAGGACCUUAUUACCAAUGCACAAAAAUAUUUGAUAAUAUAAAUAAAAAUGCACGGUAAUUCUCAAUUUCCUUUACUUCGAAUAAAAAUUUAUGGGCUGGUUCAUGAAUAAAAGAAUCGUUUGAUGGAAUGAGUAAGAAACGAAACCUUUGAUAGUGGCCGCACGCAUAAGCAAGCUUAUUUCCACGAACAACUGUCGUGUUACACUUUCCUAUGAUUACGCCCCUAUUUAUGAGGGCGGAGUCAUAUAUAAGCAACAGCACCUGGUUAACCUCUGCCCGUUUUGAAACUGGAAGAAAAUGGGAAGUUGGAAUUUCAUGCCACACUCAUGGUAUAUUAUUAAUAACAAUGGUGUUAAUGAGGAUAUUGCGGAUGGAAUCAUGAGAUUCCUUUCAUUUUGCUGUGCGAAUAGAGAGGCGGAGGCUCGUGAAGCUUCAUGUGUUUGAAUCACGUGAGACUCCUGUUUAUGAACCCUCGAAGCUGACCUUGGGAGAUGAAGGAUUGUUCUGACCCUUCUCUAGUUUUUUUUUUUUUUUUUGUGGUUUAUAUUCUCGUGAGUAUUAAGGCAAUCAUUUUGUUUGACAUUGGUGCUAAGGCAUAUUAGUGUUUGAUAAAUAUGUGAUAAUGGUUAUAUGCUAUGCUUUGUAUAGUCAUUUUUGUCAUAGGAAUGUGGAUGUUAUUGCAUGUGGCUAAUGUUGUAGGGGGUUGGACAUUAUUUCUUAUUUGUUACCGAGUCGUUAACCCUUUGGAGCCCAGAUGUUAUAUUGAAAGGUGUGUUGGUAUUGUUUAAGGGAUGUUACAAUGUAUUUCCAUGCGGCAUUUGUAUAUUUAUAUGAUAUUCUUAAAGGAAAUGAAAUGUUUACUUUGUUCCAUUUCAGUUAGAUUGACUAUGUUGAUGUGUAUUAGAUUUUCUUGUACUUUGUAUUUAUGUACUUCAUUAUUUCAGUUCACGCUAAUAAACGAAGUGACAGCA